AUGGCCCCAUCCCUCUUCAUGGCCCUAAUCGUUUCAAGCGUGCUUAUUUCAGCAAUGACUGCCCCACCAAAGUUGGUGUUGGAAGAAACUCCCAUUGUUUUCGGAACGAUCCAUGGUAGCCCAAUAAUUGCCGUCUUCCACGGUCAGUCUGAUUUGAUCAAAGAAGACGUGCAGGGAAAAGACACUGAAGACGAUCCACUAGAAAAAAUGGGCUCGGUUGUAGCGUAG